AUGCCGGCAAUCAAGAAGAGGAAGAUUAGCAACGACUCCCACAAGCCCGCCGCCGCGCGCAGCGGUGCCAGCAACGUGCGCCCCGCGAAGAAGCACGCCGUCGAGAAACGCAAGCCGGCGAAGAAGGCCGUAGAAGAAGCGACUUCGGACGGCGAGAGCAGCGACGAGGCGGAGGAAGAGAAGGAGGAGGAGGAGGAAUCGGCACAAGAGGAGGAGGCGGCGGCGGGAGAGCAGCAGCGCAAGACAUUCCGCGACCUAGGCAUCAUCCCCGAGCUAUGCGACAGCUGCGAGCAGCUGGGCUUCAAGCACGCGACGCCCAUCCAAGCGGAAGCGAUACCGCUGGCGCUACAAGGGCGGGACCUGAUCGGGCUGGCCGAGACAGGGUCAGGCAAGACAGCCGCGUUCGCGCUGCCCAUCCUGCAAGACCUGAUGGAGAAGCAGCAGAAGCUAUUCGGGCUGAUACUGGCGCCGACGCGCGAGCUGGCCUACCAAAUCUCGCAGCAGUUCGAAGCGCUGGGCAGCCUCAUCGGCGUCAAGUGCGCCGUCCUCGUCGGCGGCAUGGAUAUGACACCGCAGCAGAUCGCGCUGGGCAAGAACCCGCACAUUGUGGUGGCGACGCCGGGCCGGCUGCUCGACCACCUCGAGAACACAAAGGGCUUCUCGCUGCGCGCGCUGCGCUACCUCGUCAUGGACGAGGCGGACCGGCUGCUCGACCUGGACUUCGGGCCCAUCCUGGAUAAGAUCCUAAAAGUCCUGCCCAAAGAGGGCCGCAAAACCUACCUGUUCUCGGCGACCAUGAGCUCCAAAGUCGAGAGCCUCCAGCGCGCCAGUCUGAGCAACCCCCUCCGCGUCGCCAUCUCCUCGUCCUCGCACCAGACCGUCUCGACGCUGCUGCAGAACUACAUCUUCAUCCCGCACAAGCACAAGGACCUGUACCUCGUGCACCUGCUGUCGGACAUGCUCGGCCACCCCACCAUCAUCUUCACCCGCACCGUCAACGAAACCCAGCGCAUCGCGAUCCUGCUGCGGACGCUGGGCUUCGGCGCCAUCCCCUUGCACGGGCAGCUGUCGCAGUCGGCGCGCCUCGGCGCGCUCAACAAGUUCAAAGCCAAAGCGCGGGACAUACUGGUGGCGACCGACGUCGCCGCCCGCGGCCUCGACAUCCCGUCCGUCAGCUACGUGGUGAACUUCGACCUGCCGCCGGACAGCAAGACGUACGUGCACCGGGUGGGCCGCACGGCGCGCGCGGGCAAGUCGGGCAAGGCCAUCUCGCUCGUCACCCAGUACGACGUCGAGAUUUGGCUGCGGAUCGAGACGGCCCUUGGCAAGAAGCUGGCCGAGGAACUGGUCCAGAAGGACGAGGUCAUGGUCCUGAGUGAGCGCGUGGGCGAGGCCCAGCGUGUUGCUGUGAGGGAGAUGAAGGAUUUGCAUGAGGGCAGGGGCAAGAAGGGCAGUGUGUUGCGUGGCAGGCGGGGAGCUGGUAAGCGCGGCCGUGAUGAUAUGGAUCGUGAGGAGGGCUAG